CGCGUACGUGGAUGGGUAAGUCCGAAGCAAACAGCCGGUGAUUUGGGGAGACUGAGAACCAUACGAUUUAAUUUAUUUCUUUAAUGUAACGUCAUUUAUAACUUACUGCAAAUCUUCAGUACAAGCGAAAGUCUGUAAAGGGAUCUUUUUGUACAAAUGCGUUUGCAAUGCUCUCAUCGGAGGCUGCAAUGACUAAAAGAUACCUGAAAACUUCAACUGGAUCUAAAGCCAAUGUGCAUCGAAAAAGACCAGCGAUCCCAAUGAUCAAACAUUUAACAAAAUACAAUGAUGAACAAGAAAAACAGGAGGUUCUUACCAAACCUAUUGAGCUUAGUCGCGUGAUACAUCUUAUUGAGGAUCCUUUAACAAGUACUAUGAAAGAGAGACACAUUUUUGUGUUGAAGAAAGUAGUGAAGAGAUGUCAAAACGGAUUUCUUUUGAAAGAGCUGGCUGAUAUUUUUAAGAUUUUAAAUCUUGUUGCUGAGAAGUCCAAAGAUCACCCUGAAUAUACUUCAGUGCUAUGUAACUUACUGAAUAUUUUCAGGCUCCCUUUUCUAAAGGAGAAGACCUCUGAUGAAGUGAACUAUGCACAGUCUGUCAAAGAAUCAAUCUCUCAGCUGGGCUUCCUGAUGAGAGUGCCAGAUGCCGAAGUGAGAAACCAAAUCUGCCACUCCAUUAUAUCCUUCUACAGAUCUGAGACACCCAAACACAGUGUGGGUGGACUCCACGCUACUAGCCCAGGCUACAGAGUGCAGCUGCUGGAGCAGAGUGGACUGGCUGAGACUCUGGUCCUGUCCAUGGCCCUCCUGGAGCACCAGCAUGCUGUCAAGCUCCAGGUUCUGCACACUCUUCAGAUCCUCUCCAGCUCCUCUGAUGUGAAUUGUAGCCUAAUGUUAAAGGCACAGGGCGCACAGCAGGUCUGUUUUCAUAUGAAUGAGCCAGACCCAUCAGGUCAAAUCCUGUUCCGUUCAUCUGAGAUCAUCUGGAACUUGCUGGAGAGAGGUUCCAAAGAAGAGGUCAUAACACAACUCAGCAACUUGGACUGUAUUAUGGCUCUGAAAGAGGCCUUUUUGUACCAGCUGUUGAAUGCUGUUCGACAUUAUGAUCUUCAGCUCAGGAAUGACCUGCUUGUGAUCAUUACCCUCAUAGCAGAAUACUCCAAAUCACCACUCAUUGAACGUUUCCUUGGCAAGCAGCUCAUUCUUUACAUUACAUUUCCAGAACUUAAAAGUCACAACCCAUUAGUCCGCAACCUCAAGUUGUCCUACAACAAUGAAGAUUUUGAAAUGAAGACUUUGCUUUUAAAUCUGGUUGUUGUCAUGUCAAAAGACUUGUCUGCUCUACAACUGUUUAAAGAGGGCCGUGUUGUCCUGGCCCUGCUACAUCUGGUGAAGCCCACUGCUGCUCUGCCUCCAGGCCAGUCAGGGCCAGGCAGUUGGACCUCCGUCCAGCAGGAAGCGCUGCAGCUGCAGGCUCUAGCCACUUUGGCCACCCUGGCUCCACUGAUGGUAGAGGACUACAUGACCUGUCAGGGAAACACCAGCUUACUGCUGCUGCUGGAAUGGUGCACUGAGCAAGAUUCCUACUUUGGACAGGGCCAUAGUUUCCAUGGCACUGGGGGAAGGGGCAGUAAGAAGGCUCAGAUGCGUUACUGUGUUAGGCUGCUGAGAUCCAUGACGUCCCUAGGAAACAAAGCUAUUAACCAGGACCUCUUUGAUCAAGGAGCCAUCAGCCAGCUUCUAGGGAUCAUAAUGCAAAUGGAUGGGACUCCUGAAGAGGAAGAUGUUUUCACCUUGGAGAUCAUGGUUGAUAUUCAGCUGAUCCUGUCAGCGCUCUGCGAGAACAAUCAACAUAGAAAGGAACUGUUUGGAGCUGAAGGAGUGAAGAUGGCAGUUCAUUUCCUCAAGAUGAGUCCAGAGAAGUUCAACAGUGGCCUGGGACACAACAAACUAAUUCUCUCCACAGUGGAUUGUGUCUGGUCCUGUAUCGUUGGAUGCUAUACCACAGAAGAUAUGUUUUUGGAAAAGGAAGGUGCUUUCCUUCUGCUUGACUUACUUAAUUCAAGCCCUAGAAACAUGCACUGCGUUGUGCUUGGCACCCUGUUGGAGCUGUGUGAUAACCCCAAGACAAUGUCUCACGUCAUGGCCUGGAAGGGCCCGAACAGCGUGACCACCCCAGCGCUCCUCCUACAACUCUGGAGACAGGAGGAGGCAGAGAUGGGGGUGAGAAGAGACCCCUAUGGAAGGAUCGCAGAUCCAAAGAAGCCCAUUUUGUGUUAUUACCAAGAGGAUGAUGAUGCCCUGGUGUCGCUGUCUGCUGACAGACCGAGUGCUUCAAUAAUGGAUGUGUCUGAGAAUCUGCGCUCUAAGAUUUACUCUGUCUUCUGUAAACUUGGUUUUGAAAGCCUAUCUGGAUUGUCAACGGAGGAUUAUAUCACUCUUAGCAUCGUGACCAGAUAUCUAGACUUUAAGGUGGGCGAGGUGUGGGAUGAGAUCACCAGAGAGUUGUCCCAGGAGGAAGUGAGACCAGUCACCCCUGACAAAGAGGCCCUGGGUGCCAUUGCCAAGUUGACCGAGGACACAGCUAGGAGAGUCAUAGCAGAGCAAAGCAGCAUGUUGGAAGAACAGGAGAAAGAGGACGCCAAUGAGGAGAAACACAUGUACACAGAGAUAAGUUCCUACUGGAAACAGCAGGAGCUUACAGCCCAGUCAUGGGAGAAUUUUGUGGCAAAGACCUCAAACUACAAGAUUUUAAAGGAGACAAAGCAGCGCCAGGAGAACUCCAUUAACAUGUCCAGACCAAAACCAAAGCAUGGGGAAGCUAUAUUCCAUCCCACACAGAUCCCUGGCUUACAAACUACAACAUUCUGUGGGCGGGUGUUGACUGUGGAGAGUACCCCAGCCAAGCUGACCGGAGGGCCCCUGGCCAACACUGAGCUGGCCCUAGAGCGAGUGCCCAUCCACGGGGGAGCCCUGAGCAAACCCCCCCCUGUCACUCAGGACCCAGAGUAUUUCAAGAUUGUCUCAGUCAAAUAAAUACCCCCUCUGGCUUACUUCAGUGUUUAUUAACUACAUGUCCACUAUAUACUAUGUGGGGUGUUAGAUUAAGAUUGAAAACAAGGACAAGAAUUAAACAAUCCAGCUUGAACAAUCAAAGUUACACUAAUAGGUAUAGAUUGUAAUAUAUACUGUAUGUUUAUGCUAUAGGCAUAUACAAUUAUUUAAACAGCACUGUAAUGUUGUUUUCACAUUUAUCUAUGACAGAAUAGUUUUAAAAUGUAUGAAUAUUUAAUUCUGGGUGUAAUAAUGGAUUGGAACAGUUAACAACUGUUUUAGACUUCAGUUCAUUGUGACCCGGGGUAUAAAAUGUUUUUCAUUGUGACCCGGGGUAUAAAAUGUCUUUCAUUGUGACCCGGGGUAUAAAAUGUCUUUCAUUGUGACCCGGGGUAUAAAAUGUUUUUCAUUGUGACCCGGGGUAUAAAAUGUUUUUCAUUGUGACCCGGGGUAUAAAAUGUUUUUCAUUGUGUUGUCAUGGAUACUGUACAUUAAACUGUGGUGUGCUUUGA